AUGGAUAAUCAUCGUUUGCGUGCUAUGAUAUUGAAAUUACAAGAUCGUCUUAGUAAUGAUGAUCGAAAACGCUUACAUUUCUAUCUUGGUAAUGAUGUACCACGACGAAUUCGAGAUGAUCCAUCACUUGGCGGAACACUUAGUCUUAUGGAUUCUCUUUUCGAUCAGGAUAAAAUUAAUGAAAACGAUUUUACUUUUUUAAUAAAUGCAUUUGAUGAAAUCCAAUGUAUUGAUGCUAUGAAAUUAUUAAGAGAAUAUUGGAGACAAAAUCAAUCAAAUGGACUAAAUCAAUCAAUAGAGAGUUUAUCGAUGAUAAUGCCAUCUAUGAUGAGUCAACUUGUUGAAGAUCAAGAUGAAGAUAAAUAUCCUAUACCACAUCAUCUUGUUAAUCAGCAAAAUAGUUGCGGCGAAUAUUUUCAUGAUUAUAAUCAUUUUUUUUAUACCUUAUUUGAUGAUUUAUUUCCAUAA